UUGUUUCUCUCAUGGCAUCAUCUCUUCCUCAGUUCUACGCCGAUUUCACAUUUUCCGGCAACACUUCUUCACAGUUUCACGGCUCUUCUUCAUGUCCUGACGUCUCAGCUCUAUCCAAUUACUAUGACGACGGUUACCUCCCCUUCAACGCAUCUUCUAUCCGAGAAUCCACAUUUUAUCCCCAAGUUUUUGGAACUUCUGACGCUCCUAUGCAGGAGUACAACUAUUAUUACCAGAAAAUGGGUGUGAACAAUGCCACACAAUAUUUUCAUGGUGGUGAUCAAGAAUACUACGGCUUUUCACCAGAGAUCAAGCCCUUUGGAGAGCAAUCUUGGGGAUCUAGUGAAGGAGGCAUACAAGCUGAGCAGACCACAAAAGUGGGACGCUAUUCGGUUGAAGAACGUAAAGAGAGAAUCAUGAGGUACUUGAAAAAGAAGAACCAACGCAACUUCAAUAAGACCAUCAAGUAUGUAUGCCGUAAAACCCUAGCUGACCGGCGUGUUCGUGUUCGAGGACGAUUUGCUAGAAACAAUGACACAUGUGAACAACAAUCUCACAUGUCUAAAACUCACAACAACAAUUCUGAAAAAGAAGAAGAUAUAUUUUCUGGAUCCGACGACUAUCUAAUCCAGCAGAUGGAAAACGAUGAUGGAUGGCUUAACGAAGCAAUGUCUAAUAUGAUUUCUUUUCCUUGUGAAUUGGACGCUCCUGGAGAUGAUCAUAAUCCAAGCACAUGGAGCUUCUGAUCCUACUAUCAUUUACCUACUUCCAAAUCAAUUAAUUAAUGUCGCUAGUUAUAAAAUUUGAUCGAUUAGUUUAGUUUAA